AUGGAGCUGAAAGAUUUGUCUGCUGACUGUUUGGAACGUAUUGCAAGCAAACUAAACGCCGUUGAUCUCAUUGCGCUUGCAAGCUGCUCACAACAUUGGACGGAUAUUGUCAAAUCAUGCAGAAUCCCAAUCCAACAUUUAUAUGUAAAUGUCAUAGGAUUGAGUUGGUUCGCGAGAGAGAGUCCGGGACAUUCCAGAAUAUUAUUGGGAGUGAAACCAAUUGGAAGACGGUUUGUUCACUUCUUCUUUUAUGUUAGAACAGAAGAGGAAUUAGAAGUAAUCAGAGAAGAUGAAAAUACUAUAAUCAAAAUGAUUGGUAGAAGGAAAAUGAUUUGCCAGCUUGACGAGACCAAUAUAAAAGUUUAUACCACCACCCCUGUCGAAUCAUUUUUUUAUGUGUUGGAGUACAUGCUUGAACUUCUCAGCGGAGGAAUUCAUCACAUGAUGUUUGGACACGUCUACCCAACUGAGGACGAAAUUGUUCUCCGAGUCCUGAGAUUACAGCCAGUCAGUGAGUGUCACAGAUUAACGCUGCCUUCUCGCGGACACAUUUCUCCAAACCUUUACCAAUAUGUUUUGGACUCAACAACUUUCUAUCGGGUUGUCAUUCAUUGCGACGUUGAUGACCCUUUCACACGGGAUACGCCAACAAACAUACGCCAUCUCGACAUGGUUUAUGCCGGAUGGGUCACUCUUCCUAGUCUGCUCAAUAUGAAUAGUGAGACAAUAGAGAUGAUAGAACCAACUCUCACAUUGAGAGAUAUGAAUGCUUUCGCGAAAAAUUGGUUACAAGGAGACAAUAACAAGCUAAGAAGAGUCACGAUCCGUCGGUGCAGAGGAUUCGAAUGGACAAACAAUGAAAAAUAUGAACUGUUGGAUGGACUGGAUUCUGAAGAAUGGAAUGAGGCGGCCAACAGGAGAGAGAGGUUUUAUGAGGAUGAAACGAGUAAGAUUGACUGUGAAAAUGGAAAUGACUUUACCCGAUCGGAUGGCGCACUUGCAACUUUUCAAUUCAAUGAGAGUUACCUCCAUUUCCUUGUUUUUAAAUACCGUUAA